AUUACCGGCGUGCCCAAGGCAACGAUGCAGUGGGCCAACUACUGGCGCAAUGUUGUUCAACAUUAUUGUGUUAUCUGCGAAGGUUGGCCUGGCCACAUCCCAUUCAAAAACCUUAGUGAAGCCUCUAGUUCCCUUCCCGAGCUGGAUAUGCUGCUCGACAUGUGGAAGACCAAGCUUAUUUAUUGUGGGCUCCUGGACGAGGCUGAAUAUCAGCAACUCCUUCAAGAG